AUGGCAGUAAAUGGCACUGCUACUUCAACUCAACCCUUAAUUCCUCUCUUUAAGGGUGAGAGUUAUGAAUUUUGGGCCUUAAAAAUGCGAACUAUGUUUAUUUCGCAAGAAUUGUGGGAGCUAGUUGAGAAUGGGUAUGAAGACCCCGAUGAUGAGCAAAAUGAGCAAAAGCUUAGAGAAAACAAAAAGAAGGAUGCAAAGGCUCUGUUCUUCCUUCAACAAGCUGUAUCAGAUGAGAUUUUCUCUCAUAUUUCAGCAGCAGCCACCUCUAAAGAAGCAUGGCAGAUUCUGAAAAAUGAAUUUCAAGGCUGCUCAAAGGUAAUCACUGUAAAACUUCAAUCUCUUUGUAGAAGAACAUUUGAAACACUUCAAAUGGGUGAUUCUGAGUCUGUUCAAGCAUAUUUAUCAAGGGCUUCUAAAAUUAUCUCUCAAAUGAGAGCAUAUGGCGAAAAAAUUACUGAUGAGACUGUGGUUUUAAAAUUAUUGAGAAGUCUGUCUCCUAAAUUUGAUCAUUUGAGAAGUCUGUCUCCUAAAUUUGAUCAUGUGGUCGCUGCAAUAGAAGAGUCGAAAGAUUUAUCUGCUUAUUCUUUUGAUGAUUUAAUGGGUUCUUUGCAAGCUCAUGAAAGUAGGAUAAAUAAAUCAUCAACAAAAAUUGAAGAAAAAGCUUUUCAAGUGAAAGGAGAGUCCUCUUAUAGUAAAUCACAUGACAAAGUUUCAAAUAGAGGCAAUUUUCGUGGUGGUUAUCGUGGUCGAGGUCGCGGCGGGAGCCGUGGAAGAGGAGGACGUUCUGGAGAACAACGACAAUACAAAGAUAAUUUAAUCAAAUGUUAUUAUUGUGACAAAAUCGGCCACAAAGAAGCUGAUUGCUGGACCACUGGACCAAGCAAAGGAAUGAAAGGAAAGCAAACAAAAUGA